AUCAGAUCAAUCAAGCCAGAAGAAAUGAGCGAGAGGCCGGUGCCGAGAAGGCACAGUCCAUGGGUUGACGAAGAGGUCUAUAAACGCGAAGUGAAAGCUCACAGAUGCAACGACCGCGUCGAAGAUGUCAUCUAUGCACUAUUUGAAGGCAAUCCUUUCAAAACAAUUCCAGCCCCUUUCAAGCUAUUUUAUCAAUGCAUGAGAUCAAAACCAGGGGAAGAGCCUACUGAUCCCUUCAUCUACUUGGAUCUGGAUCCUCCCAAAAGAGAGGCGAAACCCGAGUAACUUGCUCGUUCUACUUUAAAAUUACGAUCUUGCUCAUGAUCAUGUUAUAAUGUUACUGUUAUAAGGAGUGAUCUGCAAGCGUAGCCAGUCUUAAGUUCUUAAUGUAAUAAAAAAAUAUUACUAUUUCCUCUCGAAUUCAAUGCUUUUCAGGAAACUAUUGCAAAUAA